CUAUCUGCCUUUUGUCUGGCCCGGGAAUGCUCAUUAUAACUACUACUUAGUACUUUGCCGAUCCCCUGCAAGCUGCGACUUUCAUAACACUCAUGUCUUCCGACGUUCCCCAAAACUUUGAAGACCGUCUACGACAACGCGCUUCGACCACUGGGAACGCGAACGCGCUCGAAACUAUACCCGUGAACCAUCAACCGCAUAAUAAUAUCCCGAACACACCCCUUGCAGCAUCCACGAUAUCAUUUAUACUAGGAUGUAUAUUUUCUCUUGGUUUGGCGCUCUUUCUCACUGGAGGCAUCUCUGAUCGCUGGUGGGCCACAUACCAACUGGGUUUCUUCCUUGCUGCUUGGUCUGGCUUUCACUGGGGAGAAUUCGCGGUCACAGCAGGCUGGAACCGCGACAAAUGCAGCGUUGACUCAUUCUUACUUGAUAAUGGCGCUAUGUAUCAUAUCGCCAACGGGACUGCUCUGGUGGAAUAUCUAAUCACAUUAUACUUAAAACCAUCGCUCAAGGCUCACCACUAUAUCUCGACCAUCGGUGUAAUCAUGGCUGUCAUCGGACAGACGCUUCGUGCAGCGGCAAUGAUACAAGCAUCAACUAACUUUUCUCAUAUCGUGGCUUUUCGCAAGCUGCCUUCGCACCAGUUAGUAACUCAUGGCUUAUACUCAGUGUUCCGCCAUCCAUCUUAUGCAGGAUUUUUCUACUGGGCAUUAGGGACCCAGCUGGUGUUACAAAACCCUGUCAGCUCCAUCGGCUUCGUAUUUGUCUUGUGGAGAUUUUUCUCGCGUCGUAUCAAAGCCGAAGAGAGGGCAUUGGUGAAUUUCUUUGGAGAGGAUUAUGAAAACUAUAGGCGGAGGGUCAGCACCAACAUUCCAUUCAUACGAUAGACUUCGGAACAUUUAAUCAAU